AUGUCCAUUCCUUUCGGGCCGUCAUCCAACGCCAACCGCGCCCGGCCAGCUACCACCCGCCGCUCCAAGCCUGUCACCCAGCCGCCCAGUCCCAAGGCCGCCAAGGUCCGCAAGCGCAAGCUGGCAUCGGUCAAGUCGCGCAUCCGCGACCAGAUUGCUGCCGACAAGCGCCGCCGAAAUCCGCGCCGCCCGCGCUCGCGCUCGCACUCGCACCCAGCAUCCCGCUAG